AGAAAUAUCCAGGCAACAUUCUGCACUGUUACGGUAACUGCUGCAGAUUAUAUAAAAACGAGGGAAGUGCGUGGAAGAUUAAACAUCAAUGUCUGUGAAGCAGAAGUUAUUUGGGUCUAAUUAUCUUCCUAUAAUCUGGCAUUAAUCAUCUCUAUCCCUCACUACAAUGCAGUCCGUGAAAGCUGAACACUCGUCAAUCAUUUGCUCAGCCACCUUAAACUCGCUCCCGUGUGCGCGCCCCCGCGAGAGCUGCGAGAGGAGCUGUCGGCAGUGAGAUCAUGGGAGAGUCCACGCUUGGAGAAAGUAGGUUAGCAGGGUAGACUGAGAGGAAAGCAAGCAAAGAGUCAGAGCGCAGAGGGGGGGUGCCGAACAACACUCGUCAAACCGUGUGGGACUACUCUGUCAAAAAGUUCAGCCAAAUCUGUUCGCCGAGACGGAUACGAUGCGAUCUAAAUCGACUCUCUUCACUCUUUUAUUUUCCUCGGACUUGACGGAGCGAUAGAGGAGUUUCGGGUAGUUUUUCCCAUUUUUUUAUCGUGCUUUACUAAGGCUGUCUGUAGCGAAGUUAAUAUUUACAGAGCCAGAUCACUCUGGCGUCUGCGUUUUUAUCCUGCUUUUUCUUGUCAUCUACAUUAACCACAUGUAGCCGAGUUUUUAUCGUCCACAACUAAACAAGAAGACAUCAAAAAUGAGAGGUAAGUCGAAUUAUAUUCUACGAUCAAUCUGUGCAUGUUUGGUUGAACUUGGUAUGGGUCUUGACGUGGUUUUGAACGGGCUUCAGCGGGCACAUGUGUGCGCACAAGGACUUGAGUGCGCCUGUUUUCCUCCCAGUGCGCAUUAAUCCCUCAUGACUGGAUUAUGGCUGCACUGAGCCCGAGGCUGCAUGCUCAACAGUGAACUUCAGCAUACAGUCAAAACCAGAGCUGAAGACGUGUUGUUUAAGAAUAAAAAAGCGUUCAACUAAUUAAAUUAAGUUGUUUUUAACCACUUGUUUUGUGUGUUUAUGGUGAACCUAGUCUCAGAUUCCAGUUGCGCACAUGCGUAAUUCUCUGCUCGGAUUAAUGGCGUUGCAAAAUAAGUCUCGAUUAAAGUGAAAUAUGAGUCACAUUUAACCUGGGAGUCCUUCUGUAAAAUUUGUCUGGGGAACCAUGUUAAGAGUUAUGCAAUAGGAGAGAGGGAGGGGCAUGAGAUGAGGUUGUUGUUAACCAAAACUAGAAUUAUGUAAUGAAGACGUUAUUUGAAGACCACCAGGUUUCUAAUACUGAAUUCUAAAUUAAUAUUAUUAAAAUCUGAAACAGAAGAGUUUAAAAGAAUUACGCAUUUAGCUUUUUUCUUGAAAUAGUCAGAUAUAUGCACCCAGUUGUGAGAUAUUUCAUAUUUUUUGGGAACAACAACCCUGAAGAUGUUGAUGUAAACGGUCUUUUUUUAAUACCAUUUUCUGCGUUAAUGUGAAAUCUGGUCUGUGUGUGUGUGUAGUUGUGACGUUGCUGUGAUGCGAUGGCUGUGCCAGCAUGGCCGACAGUGUGAGUGCGUGGAGGGAGAGGGAUCUGGCUGUUCCACUGACCUAGUUAUGUCACCAAACAUUAUACAGCAGUAUACGCAGCGGAGGGAGGAGGAGCGGUUGAGGGAAGCGCCGUGCCGCCGGACGUGCAACACCAUGUGCGGUUUCGUGCGCGUUCACGGAGACAGGCUGAACUUGAACUUGGGCAGUGGGGCAACAGAUAAUCAUUAACAGAGAAGGUUGUUACAGAGCAGCUUGGCUAGAGAGUGAUUAAAGAGUGGUUUGAUAUAUUUGAAACAGGCCCCGCAUGGGUUAUUUGCAACAUGUAGGUCAUGUUUAUUUAUAUUUCCUGUUGUGCGCAUAUUACAUAACCUCUUUAAUGUGCACCCAAAAACACCUACAGCCGUUGUUUUUUGUGUGCUUACAGCUUACAUAGAGACAAUAAUUAUGAUCUUUGCCAUAACUUUAUCAAGAUUUGGUUCUUAUGAGCUGUAUUUUUGUUUUUCACCUUGAAACUUUGCUGAAUGUUACAAUCUUUUAUUGGGCAGGACAGGAGAUAAGCUGCAGGGACUUUUUUCGGCAGGGGAGGAAAGGGAUGAAUUUUUGAACUAAAAAGGGGAGAGAGAGGGAGGGAGGUGGGCCUCUGGGGGUGGGAGGUUCCAUCUCUGGCAGGAUAUCCAAAUGUAAACAAACCUCAGCCCAUUCUGUUCUCCCUCACUGCUCUCAGAAUGUAGGUUAGUCGCUCAACCUGUCGUUUCCCUGCAAGAAAAGCACAUCAGCAUUUUUUUUAUCCCAGUUUAAACUCAAAUAGAUGAUCCCAAAGUCCAAAUUGUUAAGCCAAGCUUGCAGCUUUUGCAUGCUGACAAUCUUCAAGAACCCAGUGCAGCGCAUGGACCUGUAACACUUCCUCUUUUUUACUGUACUUUGCAGCCGUGUGCGCUUGAACUUUUGUUCUGGACAUGGUUAGAGAUCAUAAGACUCGUUCCACACACUAACAGCCGGGAGAGGAUGGCUGUGGAAUUCUAAGCUCUGUUGUAAUCCCCCCUCUGUGGGCCUCAGUUUGGCCUCUUCUGGUAUUUGCAUCUUUUAAAAUAGAGCCCCUUGAUUUGAAUGCUCAGGCUGCAAGAUAGCAAGAUGGUUUGUAUGUAUUCUGAGUGAGUGAAUUCAGUCUCAUCUGUUUUGCUUUUGAUGCAACAUCCUUAGAGAUUAAAAACAAACAAACCAAAAAAAAUAGUGUUAUGCAUCAGAAAAUGGGUGUGUGUGCAAUAAGGCAUAAAGUGCAAAUGACGGUGGCAUUUUCGACCAAAGGGUGUGAAAACAAAAACGGUUUCAGUUUCCUAUGUGAAAACGUAUCCUCUCUCUUCAUCUCAGAGGGGCCUCAAGGCUUUGCACGCUACUCGCCUUACCGAAACAAAAGCACUCUAAAAACACUCCCUUACUUCGACUUGAAUUUUAAAAAACGGAAGGAAGCAACAGGCGAGCUUGUUUGAUUGUUAUGAUGCAGCUUCGUGCUGCACUGUGAGCCUACACCCAUCUGCGAGGCAUGACACAACAUGUGCCUAACUAUUGCUAAUUUGUCUAGAGCUUAAGGACAAAGUCCCUCUCCUCCUAUUAAAAAUGUUUUCUCCUCCUGUCAGUGAUUCCUACAGCGAGACUCAUAAGAAGUAAAACAGGAAGAUCACCAGAUGACUGUGUCUUGUGUCAGUCUGCUACUCAGAGGCAUUUGGCAGCGUGGUCAUUGUUGAGACUUGCAUAAUAGGUAAACAUGAACAACCUGUACUAAUUAAAAACAGGUUGUCUGGUUAUAAAACAGAUAAGUAAUGUAGAGUGUUCGUGAUCGCGCAUCAAAGUUUACAGACAUGUGGAGGGUCAAACUUCAGCUCUUCUCCUCUGUCACGCUGACACACUGACACACUGAAUGCAUGACACAAGCGCCAGGGGGCAACUGUCGGACAAUUACAGGCAGUUUGCUCCACAUUAGAUACUAAGACGUCCUGGCAGCACAAAGUCAGUGAUUUUCCCCUGCUUCACCCGACCCCACCCAACUGAAUUAGCCUCCAGUACAGAUAACACGGUUACACAUUUAGCUGGCUGAUAAACACUCCUGGGGCCAACGUUGUUUGUAACAAGACUGUUAAAAGUGUCGGUUGCCAGUUUGUUAUGUGCAAAGGCUUGGGUGUGCCACACAAAGUAGACCCUUUACUUAUCAAACAACAGCCACACUCAAACGCCACUCCUGCAUUUUUGCCUAAUCUCACCCCAUAAAAUUGCUUUUAAAAUCAGCAUUUUCAUUCGCUCAUAGUGUCAGUAGGUGAGACACAGACAGCUCUACAUGCAGGAUUCGUGCAUCAUGUUAGCCAAAAGCAGGAUUGGUAUUGAUCUUCCUGGAAUGCAGACUCUCUCCAGGGAGCUAAAGGUCAAGUGCCAAAGACUGGUGCCAUAGCAUAGGUCGACAUUGAUAUUCAAGGUUAUAAAUAAAUGUUUCUUUAACAUAAAUAGCGCUACCAUGGCUACAUGUCUCUAUCAGCAUUUUCGACUUCUGGACAUGUCCUGUAUUUUGCAUAAGUUAGUUUCCACAGUAACAGGAUGGUGUUUUUGUCGAGGGAAAGCCACUAUUCAGUUGAUCAAUAGUGAGUAGACUAUGAGUCCUUGGGUAAAUAUUGCUCAAGUCACUUUUGAAGCAAAAAUCAAAACAUGUAUUAGCUCUGGAUCCUAAUAUUUGUUUAUGUAAUAGAUGGCUUUGUCAGAUAUAGAAAUACACAGAUUUCGGUUUUCUUUUGUAAUUGUGUAAACUUGGACUGUAGAACAUUGUUAAAGUAUUUUCUGCUCUUAAGUCAAGGCAUUUGGAUCCAUAAUCCAUAAUUAUAACAGUCCCUAAUUUCUUUCUACUCAGUUUUCAAGACCUUCUAUUAAGUUUCUGCGACUUUUACAUUUGUGUGUGUAUGCAUUUGGUUUCUAUGCAUGGUUUAUUUUUAACAUGCCAGCUUAUGGACAGGGCGAGUUGCAUAAGAGAGCAUGAAGGAGACGCUUUAGUGGGCCUGGGUUGUGACUGCAUAUCUGCAGAGAAUCAGAGAAGAGGAAUGAGAAAGUCUGUAUGUGUGGUUGUAGCAGCAAGGGUGGGUGGCUGGGCAUCUGUGUAAUUCUGGCUCUCAACGCGGGACAAGAAUAGAACGGGUUGAAGCAGAGGCUCAAUGUCAAAGAGGGGUGGGGGCUGAAUAGCUGACAUUCAACUUCAGUUUGUCUGCCUUAGGUGGAAGGCUGCCAGGUACAGUAUGCACUUUUACAAUCUCAUCAAAAAGUGGGUUCUUGUCAAUAAUACAGCAAACUGCAGAAAAAAUAAGGUCAAGCAGAGACGGGCUUAAGGGAAAAACAUAAAAGAUUAAUUUUGUGUUAAAAAAAAACCAAACUGAUUGAGUUUUCUUGGCCUGCUAUCACUAUAUCUUAAAGUAAAUUUUUCUGUUAUGUAACGCGCAAGUUUUCUGAUGCAAGCAGCAAGCCUUUAGGGAAAUGUUUUUUUCUAAUGAGGAAGUUAGAGCAUCGUGAAGUUCCACCUUAAAACUGGUCUGCGGAGAGCCGGGAGCGCGCCUGCCUCCCUCCUCCCUCCUCCCCCUGCAGUGGGAAAGUGUGUCAGUAGGACAGAGUGUCCACAUGGGCUGACAGGCUACAGCGCCCGACUGACAGAUGACUCAGCCAAUACCGUGGAAGCUGCGAACCGUCCUCAGCCAGUGGGAAAGAGUUUGUCUGGAGAGGGCGGGGUGUUGGUGUUGCUAGAGUGAGCCUGGCUGAAUGAGUGUUGUGAGGAAUGCUCACAGACGAGAGUUAUAUAACUGUGAGACGAGGGAGGGGUGGAGGGGGAACCUGAGAGAAAGAGAGGAAGGGAGGGUGGAGGAGGAGGAGGAGGGAGAUAUUUUUCCAUUGCAUGCCUGCAGCUGCCCUGAUCAGUUGGAGUAUUUUGGUCAACACUUCUAGAGGAGAGACAGACGACCAUGUCAUUAAAAUGUGGAAAGACAUGGAAAGUCUGUGUUUUCCAGUACCUAAGAAAGCAACAAUUCCUUCUCAGUUGCGCUGAUAGAAGUAAUUUUCCACAAAAAGUGGGACAAACUGGAUUUUUUUUUCAUGAAUUAGUCCGAGGUUACACAAACAUCAAGGCUUAGCAACAGUUGUUAAAUGAUACAGCUGCUGUUGUUUUAGUUCUUGUGAAGAAAGAAGGAGUCUUUGUGUCAUCUGCGCAGGAGUCAUGUGAUUCUCUAUCUGUUUGUGUGCUCUGUCUCCACAUGGAGGCCGCAUGCAGGGAGUGGGGAAAUACAGUUCAUGGCUCGUUAUCUGCUCUUUUUAGUACAAUGUACUAGCAGGAUUGUAGACGUCCACGGAAAAGUAAUGAGCUGAUGGCACACGGUUUUAUGUUGUUGCUCUUUUCUCUGACCUAGUUCUAGAUGUGUUUUUUAUCUUUGAUCACUUCAGUCCGGUUUAAAGUACAAGUCUUUGUUCCUAAAACCGAGUUAAUAAUUUCCUCAUAAUAAAACCUUUGGUGUUAUUUAAUGUUAUGUAGAACAACAUGGCACACAGGAUAGCUGAGAGGUUAUUAAGGACCAAUUAGGGUACAGAAAAAACAACAAAAAAAGUUGUGAAGAAAUAAAAGUAGAAAUGUUUCUGGAAAAUAAUUUACUUCAGAUCAGACUAUUCACAGCCUUGAAAUAAUAUGUUGUUGCAGAAGAAGAUGGCCUUCUGGUGGCGCUCACAGUUAUAGGAGUCAAUAGUGACAAGAUAAAAACAUGGGCAACCUUUUCAAGGACAACAAAAGAGACAAAGGAGUUAUUUUUAGGCACAGUUUUGAGCUGAAGAAAUCAUGAGAGAUUCACUUUAAGACUGUCCAAGGGAGGCAGAAAGAGAGGGGGCAAUAAAGGCGCGUGGAAACAGGCAGCCCUUAGUUGUUCAGAUGCUGCCAAGAAUUAAAAUAUUAUUGUCUUCUACCAAAAGGACAAUCUGUCAGCCUUUUCACCUUAAAAAACAGUAAUUAUGAAAAUGUAUGAGUUGCAGUACUUAAUACACAUAUAUUUGAAUUAAUAGGCCAAAUACAUACUGUGCAGCACUGCCAAAAAGACGGGAGUUUGCAAACAUAAUUUUGAAAAUGAUAAGUAGCUUUAACCUCAACACUGAAAAGUAAGUCUUUCACUCUGACUAGAGUAAUGGUAGAGCUGUAUGGAGCACAGAUGUUUUGGAUAAAAUCAAAGAAUUUACAAAAUAUCCACUAAGUUUUGUGAAACAACAUUUUUUACUGACUGCAAUAGUUUCGCUGGCUGUAACACCGCCACACAUGGGCCUCUUAGAAAGUAUCUGUUAUGUCAAACUGAAGGUAUCAUGUUACUCUGUGUUGUGUCAGUGUUUGGAUAUUAACUGAUUUUGGCAGCCGUCCACUGUGUGACUCAAUUGGUUCAAAUGAGGAUAAAGAUGGAGGAGUUUCACUGUGCGCAUUGAUCCUGGGGACACAUAAGGUUUGAGUGUUCUGACCUCUGCUGUUUUUGUUUCUGCAGCUCAAAUCGAGGUCAUCCCCUGUAAGAUCUGUGGGGACAAGUCCUCAGGAAUCCACUAUGGAGUCAUUACCUGCGAAGGCUGCAAGGUGAGAAGGAAACACACACAGAGCAAACCAAGUUACCAGACUUAAACUUUAACCAAACUGUUCUGAAUGUGCUCAUCGUUAAUGGAGUUUAUUUCUGUUUAUUUUUCAGGGUUUCUUCCGCCGCAGCCAGCAGAACAAUGCCAUGUACUCUUGUUCCCGCCAGAGGAACUGUCUGAUCGACCGAACUAACCGUAACCGCUGCCAGCACUGCCGCCUACAGAAGUGUCUGGCUUUAGGCAUGAGCAGAGAUGGUAAACAUACAAACACAAAGACCGCUCAGUACUUUUAAACAUACUUCCUUAAAGCAUGACUUUCAGUGUUAACUAGAAAAAAAAUCAACACAGCCAAGUUUGUUGAAGUAGGACCUUCAUUUACAUCCGUGAUUGUUUAGUUCCUGCAUUCCUAUCUCUUUAAUAUAAACCCCUCAGCAGUUAAAUUUCAAACCAGCAGCUUUAAGAGGGGUUGCCACUUGUUGCAUUUUUCUCCCAUAAGAUGCAAAAAGGGAAGAAAAUAGGCUUUUCGUACUUAAAAUAAACAGAAUAUCAUCUUGUUAUGAAGUGAAAAAGCUUCUGAUUUAAAAAAAAAAAUACAAAAAAUGAUAUACGGCAGCCAAUGUUUAUAAAGGUCAAGUGCUUUGAGUUAUUAGUACGAUGUGUUUGAAUUAAGUGGUCUGUUUUCUGACACAAAAAUGUGUUACCUUUCCACAGCUGUCAAGUUUGGUCGUAUGUCCAAGAAGCAGCGUGAUAGCCUCUAUGCUGAGGUGCAAAAACACCAGAAGUCCCAGGAGUGUUUGGGCUCUGAAGGUGGGGGAUCCACUGCCCUGUCCUUGACCAAGGAAGACGGUGGUUGCAGUGGCAGCGGUGAGGAUGGCGAAGAAGGUCUUAGCCGGUCCUACAGCAGCGGGGGCUCAAGCUCCACCCUUAGCGACCUGGACGACAUAGCGGCGCUGCCUGACCUUUUCGACUUGCCGCUGACCCCCGAGGAGGCCAGAGAGUACUGCAGCCUGGAGCUUCUGGGUGGAGGAACCAGCACUGGCAAUACCUCCAACUCAUCGUCCUCUUCUUCUUCCUCUUCAUUGUCCAAUCAGAAUUCCCCACAGCAGACUAUGCUGGAUGGAGGGGAUGGCAAUGAGCUCCAGCUACUGCAUGCACACUCUCACACACAUACGCUGCUGGGACGCCAUGCACUGCUGGACCACCUGCCUGAUGACUGCUCAAUAACAGACCUGGGUGAGUAUUUUGAUAAUAAAUAACAAAUGAUUUCUUCUUUUAGAGAAAAAACGUCAGACACUUGAAAACAAGACAAGUGAGAGAUAAAUUGCAGACCUUGAGGUAGAAAAAAAAACAGAAAAGCAUCUAGUUAUUCAAGGUCAUACUGCCUUGAGGUAUGCAUAGGUAAACAACAGCAGUUUUACUUUCUUCCACACUCUUGGUCUCGUGAACCUGUCAAGAUCUCAAACAACUGAAAUGAGCAAACACUGAUGUUUAUACCUUUUUUUUCCUUCUGCAGAGCGCAUCACUCAGAGUAUUGUCAAGUCUCACUUGGAGACAUGUCAGUACAGCGCUGAAGACAUGAAGAGAUUCACCUGGGCACAAUACACACCUGAGGAGACACGGGCUUAUCAAAACAAGGUACGGUGUUUAAAACCUAUAAUGUAUGUAUAAAGUCUCUGUGAUCAAAUUGAAAGGAAAUUCUUUUAGUGUCCAUUUUAGCAAUCUCAGUGGAAAAAAAACUCAUGAUAGGAUGUUUCAUAAAGUUUCACAACAAGCUAAAUUAACAGGAUAACAGAGAAUCUUUAAAAUACCAGAAAGUAAAGAAAAACUUUGAAUAAUCAUUAUCACAUAUUUCUAACCACAUGUUUUUCUUUGUGUCACCUCUUUAGUCAGCUGAGUGGAUGUGGCAACAGUGUGCCCAUCACAUUACCAAUGCUAUCCAGUACGUGGUGGAGUUUGCCAAACGCAUCGCUGGCUUCAUGGACCUAUGCCAGAACGAUCAGAUUAUUUUGCUGAAAGCAGGUCAGUGUACAGCCCAGAAACCUUCACAUUUGAAUACUUGAUGCACCAAUAAAUCAUUUCAACGGAAACUAAGUCGAAAACUUGCUAACUUAGUUCCUUCCUGUUGUUUUUGUCUCCAACCUUCUACCUUCACCUUAUUUAUUAUCCAUUGUUUUGCUUCACACACAAUGUCAAUUUACAAUUACUUUUUUAUAUAUUUUUAUAAAUGUAUAACCACAAAAUUUUAAAAUUAACUGCAUAUAUCUGACAAACUAUUUACCCUAUGUAAAUCUUUUGAACUCUCCUUGGAUUUCCAACUGGAUUUCAAACAUGUCCUAUAUAUGCCGCGCACCAAUCUGGGUCAAAAUCAUUUACACAUUGUUGUGUUCUCUUGUGCAUGUUGGAGUAUCUUGGCCCCUCUCUGUCUUCCCUCCCCCCUUCCUCUUGUAUCUCCAUCUCUCCAUCUCUCCAUAUCUUUGGCUCUAUCUGUGGCUACUAUUUCAGGCUGUCUGGAAGUCCUGCUGAUACGCAUGUGCCGAGCUUUCAACAUCAACAACAGCACCAUUUUCUUCAACGGGAAAUUCGCCCCAGCCCACUUCUUCAAAGCACUUGGUGAGUCUUCAGUCGCACAAGAAAGCAUGUCUUACUCAUUAGGUUUAAAAACGUCACUCUGUUUCCAUAGGCACUUAGAGGAAAUGAACGAUAAGGCUUAGAAAAGGCAUCUGCACCCACGCCUAGUGACAGCUUACAAAGAAACCUCUGCAUCGACUAACAGAAUUCAUUAUUUCAAAUGACCUCAUUGUGUUCAUUAUUCAAGAAUGACUACUUGAAAGUUAUUCUAUGAUUAAUUUUGCUUCUCUUUAAAACCAGAACUAGCUCUACAUGGAAAUAAUUAAAAGCCUCCUUUUGAAUGUUGCCUUUCAAUUUUAAAGCAUCAUCCGUCCAUACCUAAUAUGUGACAACAUAGCAGCAGUGAGCUUAUCUGAGUGAACUUAUCUGGGUCGUUUGAUUUGGAACAUGGUAUUGAGCCAGAAAAUACAGCAGAUUAUAAGUGCUAAGUACCAGAUUUUCCCAUUUUAGCUAAUGGGGCCAGAAUUAAAAAUCUGGGUGACAAACAUGGCUCUAGAUCUUCUCAAGGAGUUCUUUAGUCUUACAAACUUUAACCACCAACAUGGAUCUGUUUGCUGGGUUUUUGCAGGUUGUGAUGACCUGGUCAGUGCAGUGGUUGACCUGGGGAAAGGGCUAUGCCGUCUGCAGCUGUCUGAUGAAGAAAUGGCUCUUUUCAGUGCCGCCGUCCUUCUGUCUCCUGGUGAGUUUUUUUUUUUCAUCCCUCACAUUUACAGAGAAAUAAACAACCAUUUAUAACCAAAGACAUUUUGUUCUGCAGAACUAUGUAUUUAUUGCUGUUUUGACAUUGAAAGCCAUACUGACACUGAAGGAUGACAAUUAAGUGUCAUUUUCCACACAGACAUUUUACACUGUAAAAAGCUGGUAUAGAUGGCUCAAUGAUAAAUGUUAUCACAUAUUUCACUUUACAUUUUCAUUUUGUGUCUCAUAAUCGGCUUGUCACUUAGAUUUGUGACUUGGCAGUGGUAAAAUUAGACUAAGGAAAGGACUUGAUGCUCAAUGUCUCAUCAUCUUUUAAAACAUCAGCCUUUCAUUCCAAACCUAAAAAUUACAGUAAUCAAUUUUGAUUCAAGGUCCUCAAGUUUCCCAGCUUACAAAACAUUUCAUGCAGAUUCUGGAGAAGAGAUGUUUGGGCCAUCUGAUUUAAUGUGAUCUGAUUUGAUACUGCUGUCAUUUAAACAGUCUGAGAUUUGAACACUCCACAAAUAUUGGAUGUACAUUAUUUUGUCAACCAAGAGCUAACACAUGGAUGACGUUGGGAAAAAGACUUAACUUAAGGAUUUUGUAAUUUCUUUUCCAUAGAUCGACCCUGGCUAACAGAAGGCCAAAAGGUUCAGAAACUUCAGGAGAAAGUCUACCUGGCCCUGCAGCACAGUCUUCAUAAGAGCGGAGCUUCUGAUGAAAAACUGGACAAGGUCAAGACUCCUCAUAGACAACUAAUAUAACCGCAAAUGUAUUCACAUACAAAAGCUCAUACAUAAACUUACCUCUGUAUACCCUCUUCCUCAACAGAUGGUGUCCAAGCUGCCCAUAAUGAAGUCGAUCUGUAACCUCCACAUCGACAAACUGGAGUUUUUCCGUUUGGUCCACCCGGAGACUGCCUACAGUUUCCCACCACUGUACCGGGAAGUGUUUGGCAGCGAGAUGUCUCUGCCCGACUCCACUGACAGCUAGAGAGACAGACAGACAAACCAGAGACGAUGGAGAGAGUUUAUUUGAAGAGGAAGGGAAGCAAAAGGAGAGACAGAGUAGGACAGAGAUGUUGAAGUUCAACAACCAGCAGUAACGCGACAAUCCAGGACUUUAAAUACUCAGUCUCCCAUGAUCCCAAAGUAGUCCUCCACUUUCCCAGCAGGCAAAAGCACCUUACACUACAGACCACACAUGCUCAUGGUCCUCUGCGUAUUGUAGCAUUAAAUACAAGCAGAAUGGGCACUGUAGUAUUAACACAGCCCACUUAGCAUGAGACAGCUCCAAGCUUAACCAUCAGAUCCAUGGAGGAUCACCCAACCAGUUAUGAAUGUACCUCAUCGAUCAGCACCAGUGCACCAGUAAGAACCUAUCUGCAGUGAAUGUACAACCCUGCCACUCUGAGACAGAGUUUGACACAUCGUACCAGAAUGAAGUCAUGUUGAUCAACGGGUCUCACAAUUAAUACAACUCUUAGUCAAUACUUCUCUUCAUAUUAAUAGUUCUCAGUAUGGUGCGCUUGCGUAUCUAUACAGACAAUAUCCUUGUACCGACCAUUGCUUAGGGACCAAGAUCAUGAGUCAUUUUCCCAAAUCUAAAAAUAAAAUCUCACGGAUAUCACAUGACUCACAGCUUAGGCUGACUUCCGUAAUAAGCAUAGAACCAGUCUCACACACAUUUAGACAGUGUUCGGUGCUGCCUCUUUGUAGGCUUUUGUAAUGCAAUGAGAAACCUCAGUCCCACACACCCCUUUCCUUGUAAAUGCCACUUAGAGACAGGAAAAGAUGAAAUUAUCUUUAAUUUAUAUACACAUUUAUAAACAAAUAUUUUAAAUAAGAAUGUAAAUAGAUGACUAUAUAAGUAUAUGGAGAGUGUUAGAAUGUGUGAGUUCAGUUCGGAAAGAAAAGUGGAGGCUGAGAUGUUGAAAGGGGAGGAGAAAAAAAGAUGGAUAAUUCACGAAGGCUGAUUUUUUUUUUUUUCUUUUUGGACUCAUGUUUUUCUGGACUAUUCCCUCUUUUAACAGUACUCUCAGGUUUCCUUGGCAACAGCCCCUUCUUGCCCAUGACAGCAAAACCCAGCUGGGUAAGCUGCGGUCAAGCGACGGGGUGGACAUUUGUUGCAGAAGUGACGCAGCAGGGUGGAGGCAGUGUACCCAGAAAAAAAAGGCGAUUGACAAAGCCUUUGUCGUUGCAUUUUAACUGAGAUUUCAGUGUGCGCUGUUGCUGCCUGCCUCCCUGCCUAAAAAGACAAGAGGACAAACAGGACACUAAGGAAAAGAGAAAGCAAGGCAAAAGAUGACUUUGUGAACUUUAUGACGAACGGGGACACACAGGGUUUCCCCAUCUGUUUCUAACCAUUAAUCAGUACCGUAGGUGUAGUAUAUUUGUCUUUCACUCAUAACGUUUCAUUUUGGUUCUAGGUUUUGAAUGAUGAUGGUCCAUAAUAUGUAUCAUAAACCCUCCUUGCUGGUUGGAGCAUCUGUAUUAUUUUGUACAUUUGCUGUUCCUCUCUCUUUGAGUCCCAACCCCAACACCUAUCCAAAUACCAAGCACUUAUACUUUUCCUCUUUCUCACUGGACACUAGUCUAAGGCCAGACAGAGCUACCAGCUGCCCCCUGAGUUGGGUUUUAAAGCCAGUAAGACUUCAUGGUUUUUUUUAAGUCAGUCUAUUCUGGUGUUUUUGUUUCCUAUUCCAUAUUUGUCAUACGAAACCAUCCAUAACUGUAUACAUUAAUCAUGUACAUAAAUAACACACUUCCUGCAGGUCGAUCUAACAUUGAGAUGAUGGUAAUAAUGUCUUACUUGGGGUGCUGUGAAGUUCUUGAGCAGAGUCUGCGGACCUGCUGCCUGCCGCUCAGGGAGCUAGCUGUGAUCUCUUCUUGUCCCUUUAUUACCAGUGUCGUCUUUUAGCCUUGUGCUCCUCACACCUUUGCACCUAAGAUGAGACCCAUAACCAUAAUCACUGUGGACGUAAGUUCUAUUUUUGUGAAUGUUACUCACAAAGUGUCAAAGCCCUUCCUGUUUGUCCUAAUAUUGUAACAUUAAAUUUUUUCAAGACAUAGGAGUUUAAAAAAAAAACAUGAAUAAAUCAGUUAGAGUUAAAUGAAUUUUAUUAUUGGGGUUAAAUGUUUCUUUUGCUGUGAUUUACAUUUAUUUGUCAGUCUUUUAUCCACCUUUUUCUUUAAGUGUCUCCACUUUUGUCUUGUAAAGUCAGUGAUCUAUUUUUUUUAAUUAAAGAAAGAUUAGGACAAGUACAAACAAAAAAGAAUAGUUUGUUCCCCUUCUCUUUCCCUGUAUGACAAAAUGUACAAGAGGUAUAUUACUAGUCCAAGAGUAACUGAGUCACACAGCGCGAUAUAUAUUGUUGUCCAAUGGGAUACAUUAUAUGUGGUUUUCAGAAUGUAAUAAAUGGUUUCCUUUUCUUUUAAAUGUUUCAA